CUCUUUGCAGGUGAUAUAGACCAUAACUUAUGACCACUAAAAACAAGACAGAAGUGACUGAAUUUGUGUUGUUGGGAUUGUCCAGUAGGCCAGAGAUGCAGCCAGUUAUUUUUGGAGUUGUCCUUAUCAUGUACCUGACAGCAGUUUUGGGCAAUACUCUACUAGUGCUUGUUGCUUGCUCAGACCCCAGGCUUCAGACCCCCAUGUACUUCCUUCUCAGCCAGCUUUCCUUGAUUGACAUAUGUCUAACAACUAUCACUGUUCCUCAGAUGCUGGUACACACACUUUCUGUGGUUCGAAGCAUUUCUUAUAACUGUUGCAUGACACAAUUAUUUUUCUUUAUGGCAGUGGGUAGCAUGGAAGGCCACUUACUGGCUGCCAUGGCAUAUGACCGCUAUGUUGCCAUCUGUGACCCUUUAAGAUACUCUGCCAUUGUCAGCCAUAGCCUCUGUCUGCGAAUAACAUUGACCUCAUGGAUGGUGGUCAGCCUUAACAGUCUUCUGUACAGUGUGUUGGUCACACGUUUAACCUUCUGUGGCAACCAGGUCACCCACUUCUUUUGUGACAUCACUCCUCUGCUGAAGCUCUCUUGUACUAGACCAGUGGUCAAUGAAAUGUUAAUUUUCACUGAGGGUGUAGCUGUGGUUGUCAGCCCCUUUUUCUUCAUUUUGGGCUCCUACAUUCGCAUAGGUUUUGCUAUUGCCCACAUGCAUUCAACUGCUGCCCUGAGAAAAGCUCUGUCUAUCUGUGGCUCCCACAUUAUGGUUGUGUUGCUCCUGUAUGGUUCUGUGAUUCGCAUGUACCUCAAGCCUUCUUCUACCUAUGACUUAAACCAGGAUCGACAGAUUGCCAUCUUCUACACAUUGGUCACCCCUAUGCUAAAUCCAUUGAUCUAUAGCCUCAGGAACCAGGAAGUUAAAGGAGCUCUCAUACGGCUUCUCAGGAAACUCUGCAUCUCAGGAAGCUUCCAGGUUGGUUCAGACAAAGAAAGAAUGACAAAUAUUAUGAGACCCAAUGUUUAAUCUAAGACCAUCUCAA